AAUAAUCUAUAAGAAACGAAAUAAAAAGGCAAGCAGUAAUCCUCAGCGCACUAAAGCACAAAGGUGUGCAAAACAUUCACCAUCAAUGGCCGGGGAACCAAACACUUUACAUAAUAAAAAGUUUGCCCCGAUCGUCUUUUUUUGAACCAGAACCGUGCAUUAGAAGUUAUCCAGCUUAAACAAUAAGAAACUAAACUAAUCGGGCCAAAAAAAUAGUGCAUGUUCUAUUGACUGCUGUGUGAAAAGCUUCUCUUUCGAAUCCAGUUUUUGUGCCAAGGUGGUUUGAACGUAUCUCUAAAAAAAAACACCGCGCAAUCGUGGCUCCCAUUUAUAAUUCAAGAUGGUUCGCCUUCAAGCGAAUGCAGUUUCUAUUAUACAAGGAAGAGACCGAAGAGACCACGCUAGAUUCAGAAAUGGAACAGCAUCAUUUUAGAAAUUCCGAAAUAAUCGAAGUGGAAAUCCAAGACAAUCCAGAGGAGGAGAGUGGCGAGAAACUGAUUGUAGCAAAGAGACGCACAUUUCGGCCCUCAGUAGCUGCUCCGAAGCCCAUUAACGACACUACAUUGGACGAGAAGAGUUUCAACAGUUCCCUGAGCGCUCGGCUCGAAGAUCCAUGUGCAACUUAUGGGGCACACGUGGCAAAUAAGCUCAGAAGUUACACGCAACAAGUGCGUGUGCAAGUGGAACAUGCCAUCAACAAUAUUUUGUUUGAGGCAGACAUCGGCAAAUUUAAUACGAAUCCUGCGGGACGUUCGAAAAUGUCCCCGACAAUGUCCGACAUCUUCGAUCCGCAUGACUAUGAAUGAGCAACCUUGCCUUCCGCUCAACUGUUAAUAUCUGUGUAAAAUGAAGUUAGAUGUAGGUACCUGUUGUAAAAAUAAUAAAAUAUCUAAUUUGUA